AUGCCAACGCAGCCUACUCUAGCGGGUGGGAAGUGGAUUCCUUCUCGUCUGUGGCUCUUGGAGUUGCGCAUCCAGGGACUUUUGCGAGCACUGCAAUUGAGUGCGGUUCAUUUGUGCAAGGCUACAGAUGGCAAUGCGCAUAUGCCGUGGCAGCCUACUCUAGUCGAUGGAGAGUGGAAUCCUUCUCGUCUGUGGCUCUUGGAGUUGGACAUCCAGCCAAGGCUGCGGAUGGAAGUGGGCAUGUGGCGGCGCAGCAUACGCCAGAGAAUGGAGAGUGGAGCCUCUCUUGUCUGUAUAUCUUGGAGCUGCGCCUCCAGGAACAACCGCGUGCACUGCAGUGGAAUACCUUUGCAGAAGCCUACCGAUAGCAAUGUGGAUGUGCCAGCGCAGCUUACUCUAGUGGAUGGAGAGUGGAGUGCUUCCCGUCUGUGGAGGUUGGAGCUGCUCUUCCAGGCAAUGGCAGUGCGCAUGUGCCGGCGCAGCAUAGGCUAG